CGCCAACUUGUACAAGGCAUGGGCCAGUUCGACUCGUCACUUGGGGCGAUCCUCAUAGGGACAUGGGUCGACUGCAUGCUGUAUAUGUGGGAGAUUGCACAGAUUUACCACUGUUUUAAGCACUUUCCGCAUGAUCGUCGCUCUUUGAAAGCUACCAUUUGGUUGCUAUUUCUUGUGGAUACGGUCGGUACAGCGGCAGGCAACGGAACAGCGUAUCUGUACAUGAUAACAUACUGGGGAGACAUGCCGGCGAUAUCUAAACAGUACUGGACGUUUCCUACAUAUUGCCUUGCAACUGCGUGCUCCGCCAUCAUUGUUCAGUUCUUUCUUCUGUACAGGUUCUGGAACCUCUCUCGGAAUCACUUCAUAACCGGCUUCAUGUCUCUCCUCGGUAUUACUGCAUUGGUAGGAGCCAUUUACACGUCCUUCACGUUGGUGAAAGAGCCAAACCUCAGUCAACGAGCUCGCGUUGUCACGCCGGUGACCAUAUGGUUUGCUUCGUCCGCAGCUUGUGAUGUCUUAAUUGCCGUCAGUCUUGUUUGGCAAUUCCAACGAGUCAGGUCGCCAUCGAGAUCGACGAAAACAAUGCUUUCAAAGCUCACCGGCAUGGCAAUCCGCACUGGUUCCAUCACAAGCCUGUUCGCGCUCCUCGUCCUCGGCACCUUCCUCCAUGACCCGCAGGGCAGCAUCGCGGUCGGGAUCAACUCGUGCCUCGGUCGUAUAUACGCUCUUACGAUGAUGUACAAUCUCAACACUCGCACCAAGAUUCGUCUUGCUGCCGUCAGUAGGAACACUGCGAACCACGGCCCGACUGUCACCGCCGGGGUUACUGGGCUAGGUUUCAGCCAAUUCCGUGUGGAUACGGAGGUUGUCACCGAUUACGAGCCUGCGCCGACGACGGACCAAUACCAGCUCGACCAGACUACGCUCGGCGAGGAUGACGUCCCCGCUGACAAACCAGACAAGGUGGUGUAGCGCAUACCAUGAAGUACGA